CACUAAUUAUCAAAAGAAUUUUCCUAAACACAGACCAACACUAAGGUGUGUUUACUUGUGAAGUGGAAGAAAACCAAUUCUGAGCAGGCAGAGACUGAAAUGUUGGCCCAUUCUUCUUUGCCAAAUAGCUCAAUCACAGUCUGAUUGGCUGGAUAUUUACUGGGUGGGUACAACAAAAUGUGAAGUCUUGCCACAGAUUUGUAAUUGGAUUUGGGUCUUGACUUUGACUGGGCUCUUUUAACCUAGCACCAGACUGCUCUUUGUUGUGCGUUUCGGGUCAUUGUGCUGCUGGAAUGUGAACCGCAGUCUUAUGCAGAUUCUGCACCAAUCCGCAUGCCACUGGGGGGCCAGGCCCGCCCAUUCGCGUAUCCUGGUCCUGCCGAGUCAGACUACACCGAGGAGUGGUUAUGUCUGAGCCGUCUUUAAAUGCAACGUGAGCAUUCACAUGCUAACAUCUGUUUUACACCUGUGGCCCAGCGAGGGGAGGUGAUGCAAAGAAGGAUUUUACAUAAAAUCAAGAAAAUUGUAGACAACCUUUAGCAUCCUCUUCAAGAGACAGAAUCUUUAGUGAGAGGCUUCUUCAAAUUGGCUGUAAUACAGACUGCUACAGGAGAUCUUUCCUCCCCAUCUCAACAUCUACAAUCACUCAGAAGAGUUUUGAAUUAACGUGUUGCAACAUUGAAUUUGUCCUUCAGAUCAAUAAUCUUUUUGAAUUGAAUUAAGUUAUGCUGUUGAAUUCAAAUAAUGUUAGCUAAAUGAUUACCAGUUAAUCCAUGCCGUUAUGUCAUGCUAAUCUUCGUAACAAGCUUAUUAAUUUUCUUAUCUACGUUACAUCCCUUGCUGGUAAUUUACUGCCAGGAAUAAACACAAUCCUGUUUCCUUCCUGUGUAGAACUAUGUGGAAAAAGAAGUUACUUUUUUUUGUUACAAUAGAGCAAAGUAAGGGAGGCGACAUCAGAUCAGAGGCCAGCAGCAGGGACAAUGACUCAGGGUGUUCUCGGGUGAGGAGGAAUUAAAACCUGCCGAGAAAAAGAAAACGUCUGUUGGAGGAAAAACCAGCGAGUGACUCUUCAGCCCAGAGAUGAAUUUCGAGCAGCCGCCUCCGUACCCAGGCAGUGGACCUUCUGCUCCAGGCUACCCAGGGCAGGGCCCACCUCCUCAGGGCUACCCACCCCAGGGUUAUCCUCCACAGGGAUACCCAGUAAACAUGGACCAGCCCAACCCAACCUACCCUAACUACCCCGCUGGUCCUGGAGGUCCCUAUCCUGGCCCAGGACAGCCCCCAUUCCAGGGAUAUCCAGGCCAGCCACAGUAUGCCUGGCAGGGUGGACCCCCUCCUGCACCCAUGUAUGGGGAAGCCCCAAAAAACACAGUGUAUGUGGUGGAGGACAGGAGAAGGGACAACUCAGCGGACACCUGCCUGACUGCCUGCUGGACGGCGCUGUGCUGCUGCUGCCUCUGGGACAUGCUGACAUAACGUCCUCCUUCAUUUACUCGGCCUUAUUAGUCUCCUGUAAGCCGAAAACCUCAUCAACCUUUCCUCCUUUCUUCUUCUUCUGCCUUAAAACCUGGCUCCGUCUCACCUCUUCCCCCUCACCUCAUCGUCUCUAAUAUUUCUCAAUAAACAACAGCUCCAGUCUCAUAGGGAAGUCUUUCCGCUCAAUGUGAAGUCCUGGGCUCUCGUCGACUUGUCCAGAACUUGCCUUGUAGCGGUCUGUAACGGAGCUUCUUAACACCAACAUGUAUCUGAGGCUCUUGUUUUUUUAAAAUUGCGCACCUACACACAACCUUCACACACACACAUUGAGAAAGAUGCACAUUGUACGUGCUUGUUCCUUCAGUAUACACGGAUCUCAGGCGUAUCUAGUGUGAUGCUCUUUGGCACUUUACAAUGAUUACCUCUGCAAGAAAGAAAUCCUGCCUGCCUGCCUGUUGAACCCUGACCCCUUCCCCUUCGUCACUACUCCUCAGCUACAUUAGCAAACAAAGGACUACUCUCCCAUCAUGGGGCUCUGCUCCCAAAUUUCACCCAGACCCUGGCUGCUAAUGAGCUACGGGAGGAUUGAUGUUUAGAAGCUUGAAAUGUAUCAGUUUUAUUUUAACUUUCUUUUUUUUUUGGGCUUUUGUGAAAGUAAGUGAAAUGCAUUUUUAAACACAAAGGUAAUUUUUCGUUGGAUGCCUGUUAACUUUUUAAUGGCUGCAAUGUAAUGUUGUGCUUUUAUUAUUAUGAAAAAAUAUUCUAAUAUUAUUUGUCAUUUGGACCUUGGAAAUAUAUCUGGAAAUAUCGUUAAAAAAAACAAAACAACUGUACUUGCUCAACAGAAGAAACUCUAUUAGUCUGUGGAUGCCUUUUUGUUUUUUUUGCUUUGGAUGAGAUUCUUUCAUUAAAAUAAUUUAUUGCUAUAAUUAAA